AAAAGAGCUAUGCAAGGAUUUAAUGAUAAGGAUAACAUUUUUACCUUAUAUUGGUUCAAUUCAAAGUCAAAUUAGUUCAUGACAUUUUAGUUGGAGGAUGGGUCAAACAGCAUACAAAUGAAGGUUGAAAAUAAUUUGAAAAACUCAAAUUGGAGGAUAACUGGAUAACAUCAGGAUAACUGGAGGAUAAUUAUUAGAAAAUAGAUAUGGAUUACUUCAAACACUGCUUGGCUUUGAUGUUGCUGUUUUGGAGUACACACCUUACAGAGCAGCAAUGUCCAUCGGGUUUAUUCCUUGGGACGUUUCGUGAAGAUCAUCCUAUAGGCUCUAUUCUCUUUAAUUUGACGGUCGAUACAAGUCUUGUGAACUUAACUAUAGAACCAGAUAAUGAUUGGGACCCAAGACCUGAAGAUCCUAAUGGAUAUUUAGAAUUAACAGAACUUGACGAGCCUAUUCAACAUGUACGACUCGCAAGAUCCCUGCUUCUUGAUGACCUCAAUCCAAGUAGACCCCGUGCGAAACCAACCACAAGUGAAGAUUUACCAUGCAAUUACACAGGAAUUCCUGACAGAACCCCAGAUAAAGAUGUGAAACGAGUGCAAUACAAAAUUAAGUGUAAAAAUCUGGGAGAUCCUAUUGAAAUCUCUUCCUCUAUAAUCAUGUCUAUAACAGAUUUGAAUGACCAUGCCCCAUAUUUCCAAUGCGCCCCUUAUGUGAAAAAGAUCAGCGAGCAAACUCUUGUUGGUUCCCCUGUAUUUACUCUGAGAGGACUGGCCACUGAUGACGAUUAUGAAAUUGAGAGUCCAAUGUCAUAUGGUUUUGGAGAACCUAGUGGCACGGUUGGCAAGUUUGCAAUGCGGUCUGCUUCAGCACAAGAUGGCCGAAUAGAUCUUGUUGGGGAAUUAGACUACGAUUAUGGAGAUAAAUCAUACACACUUAAUGUAACAGCUAACGAUGGCAUGUUUCCAAACCCUAAGAGCAACUGGACCACUUUAACUAUAGAAGUUACAGAUGCUGAUGACCAAGACCCCGUCUUUACUGAGGAGAUGUACACACUCACUUUACCAGAAGGGAGUUCUGAUAUGGUUGGCCAGAACCUGAAGACAGAACCAGCAAUCAGAGCAUAUGAUAAAGACAGGGGUAUCGAUCAACCUGUUCAUUAUGACAUUGUUAGAGGGAAUAACAUUAGUGAUGUUUCAUACUUCAAACUGAACAUAACUACUGGAGAAGUCAUACCAUUACAAGUGCUGAACAGAGAGAACAUCAAACAAUUUAACAUGAGAAUUAUGGCCUACCAGACUGACAAGCCUCUUUCACGACGUGCUUAUGCCUCACUAACUAUCGAUGUAGAGGAUGUCAAUGACAACAAGCCUAUUAUGACAUCACACACAUACAAUGUGACGAUCCCUGAGAAUCUUCCUGAAGGACUGCUAGUGACACAAGUCAGCGCCACUGACGCAGAUGAGGGAUCAAAUGCUGAGUUUGAGUACAAGAUAAUGGACACAAGUGGUGGCUUUCAACUUGACAGUACUACUGGGAUUGUAUCUGUUCUUAACAGCAACCUCCUUGACAGAGAGACAAACCAAUACUUUGAAUUUACAGUGUAUGCACAAGAAACUAAGACUGAAGAAAAGUUCUCAAGCAAUAGCUCCAGGGUGUAUGUGACACUGUCAGAUGUAAAUGACAAUGCUCCGGUCUUCCAACAACCCUCUGGCCUCCCUGGCUACCUGUUCAAGGUCAGACCAAGCAUGAAGGUCAACCACACUGUGGGCUAUGUGUAUGCCAAUGACACAGAUGAAGGUGCCAAUGCAGAAGUACGUUAUGACGUCCAGUUUGGAUCCCCAGGUUGGGAGUCCACCUUCCAUAUGGACUCCAUCAAUGGGAGGGUCAGCUUAAAGAGAAUCCCACAGGAAGACUUUUACUUCCUUGGGGUCAGGGCCACUGACCAGGCUCUUCCUGCUAGAUUGAGAAGAUCUUCCACUGUUAGCUUAGAUAUCUGGGCCAAUGAGACUGUUGAAAAGCCUAGGUUUGAGCAGGAUCUCUAUACUGUGGAUAUAUACAACAGCCAUGCUGUCAAUUCUUCCAUUAUUCAAGUCUAUGCAGGUCCAAUGACUUACAACUAUGCAAUAUUAGGUGGCAACAAUGGCAGUAUAUUUGCAAUCAACCACACCAAUGGGGUGAUCUACCUGGCCAAAUCGGUUGCUGCAUUCCCCAAUGUUACAUUCCAGCUUCAUAUUAUAGCUCAUAAUAUAUCAGAUAUAACACUCAAUGAUACCACCAAGGUGAAAAUCAACAUAUUAGAAGAGACUAACAUUCCAGUAUUCUACCAGAGACAAUAUAACAGGUCUAUUAUUGAAGAGGAGGUUGAUAGGGAGAUGAUAGUGGAUUUAAACACAACAGAUGAGAGUAAUGGGAAACCUAUUAAAUACUCAAUUCUCUCUGGCAACACUUAUGGUGUGUUCAGUAUAAAUGCCACUACAGGUGUAGUUUAUAGAGAGGAGCAGAUAGAUAGAGAGAAUACAUCAAGUUUUAACCUGCUGGUCAGAUGUGACAGACUAAACACAACUCAACUUCCUGUGAGACAUCUACAAGAUAAGAAUCGGCCAUUGAAUAAGGCCAUACUCAACAUUGAUAUAGAAGACAUCAACGACAACUACCCCAGCUUCUACUAUAGUCCUAUACUUGCUGGGGUACCCCCUGAUGUAUCAUAUGGUUAUCUAAUAUACACAGUACAGGCUUAUGAUAGAGAUUCUGGGAACAAUAGUGCACUUGCGUACAGGAUUAGUGGCCCAGACAGUAAACUGUUUGAGAUACAACCCUCAACUGGUGACUUAACCAGUAAAGGCAAUUUCAUAAACUCUGGAAAGCAAGAACUGAAGUUCAAAGUUUCUGUUGUGGACAACUAUGGGCAGGGUCUUUCUACCAACACAUCUAUGACAAUAAAGGUGCUACCUGACUCUCAGAGGGCUAUUCUAGUCGCUGGUAUUCCUCCCUCCAAGUUCAAAGAAAACCAGGCUGUCAUAAUAAGGAACCUGAGUGCCAUACUUGGUUGGGAUGUGCGCAUGGAGAAGCUUGAGUCACAUGAGGAGAAUGGGAAGGUGGAUGUUGAGAGGACUGACAUGUACUUCCAUGCUGUGGAUACUGAGGGAGGGAGAAUAGUGCCAAAAGAUGAACUUUUGAAGCGUAUUGAAGAAAAAGCAGAUGAAAUCCGUGCCUUGUUUGAUUCCCUUGAGGCGAAUGUUGUUACUGUGAAGGCAAUACCAUCCGUUAUGGUCCCCUACACCAUUGGGGCCGUUCAGGCAGGUUUCCUGGCCCUUGGCUGCAUCAUUUUCCUGGGCUCUCUCAUCGGAGUUAUUGUCGUCAUUUAUUCAUGGAAGAAAUUGAAAGAUGAAGAAGCUUCAUUACCUUUACCAAACUCUUCUUAUAUUAAUCCUGCCUUCAAAAGGAGAAAAUAUGAAAACGACAGAACGACACAUUUAAUGCAUACCCUAAACAAUGCCAAGCGCAACCCUGCUAUUUCCAACCCUGCUUUUGAUUACAACCUAAAAGAUGAAGGGAUGGUGGAUGUGGGUGAUGAGGGAAUAGUCGUAGUACGAGAGAGCAGUGAUGAUAAUGCCAGUGACGACUGGCAGGGCAAUAACCACAUGAACACAUUAGAGGGUCCUAGGAUAGAAAAUGGUGUCAUAAGAACUGUGAUUAAUGUCCCUGGGAUAACUGGUAAAAUGCAGCAGUAUGAGAUCGGAGAAACUGAAGUCUGA